UCAGCUUUCUUCAAGUACCAAAUAAUUUUUAAUUUGAUACCUAUUUUCUUAAAAAAUUAAACAAUUUUAUCAACAAUAAAAAAUAACUUUACGCUACUGACAGCUAUAAUGAAAUAUACCAAUUGAUGUUAAGAUACUUUGUUUUAAGAUAUGCAUUGGUAUAGCGCUAGUCUACGGAACUUUUUGGACAAGUGGCCAGGCAAAAAAAGUUUGGGAAUUUACAGAUUCCUUCCUUUAUUUUUCGUUCUUGGGGCGGCCCUAGAAUUUUCCAUGAUAAAUUGGACUGUCGGCGAAACUAACUUUUAUCGAACGUACAAAAAGCGUCAAGCUAAAAAUUUGAUUGAAUCAAAACUUGCAGCAAGUAUUACCGAAGCAAAAACAACAGCAUAAAUUCAAUAUGCCUGCUGGAGUUUCAUGGGGACAAUAUACCAAGUUCUUUAUUAGCGCCAUGAUUUCAAUGGUUGCUGGAUCACAAUUGGUACACAUAUAUUACAAACCCUUACAAGACAUCGAUGUUUAUAUAGAAAAAGAAAUGAAAU